CCCGACGCACGCUUGGACUCCUGGGAAUUGUAGUACAAACCGACUCAGGGUGGAAAGCAUGGCGGUGACCAAGGAGCUCUUACAGAUGGACCUGUACGCGCUGCUAGGGAUCGAAGAGAAGGCGGCGGACAAAGAGGUGAAGAAGGCGUACCGGCAGAAGGCCCUCUCCUGCCACCCCGACAAAAACCCGGAUAAUCCCCGCGCAGCCGAACUCUUUCACCAGCUCUCCCAGGCCUUGGAGGUGCUGACCGAUGCUGCAGCCAGGGCUGCCUAUGACAAGGUCCGGAAAGCCAAGAAGCAGGCAGCAGAGAGGACCCAGAAACUCGAUGAGAGGAGGAAGAAGGUGAAGCUGGACCUGGAGGCCCGGGAGCGGCAGGCCCAGGCCCACGGCAGUGAGGAGGAGGAGGAGGAGAAGCGCAGCACCCGCACGCUGGAGCAGGAGAUCGAACGCCUACGAGAAGAGGGUUCCCGGCAGCUGGAGGAGCAGCAGAAGCUGAUCCAGGAGCAGAUACGGCAGGAACGGGAACAGAGGUUGAGAGGAAAAGCAGAGAAUACGGAAGGCACAGGAACCCCCAAACUCAAGCUGAAGUGGAAGUGCAAGAAGGAGGACGAGUCCCGAGGCGGCUACUCCAAAGACGUGCUCCUGCAGCUCUUCCAGAAGUAUGGUGAGGUGCUCAACCUGGUGCUCUCCAGGAAGAAGCCCGGCGCGGCGGUGGUGGAGUUUGCAGCGGUCAAAGCUGCGGAGCUGGCUGUUCAGAAUGAGGUGGGGCUGGUUGAUAACCCCCUGAAGAUUUCCUGGUUGGAAGGACGGCCCCAGGGCACAGGGGGCCGCAGCCACCCAGGACUGUCACAGAGUCCAGUGAGACGGGCGAUGGUUGUGUUGACUCUUGUUAAAAGAGAAAGAAGGAAAAAUGACGUUGGGGCUGACGAGUGACCUCCUCCCACUACACAAAGGUGACAAGAUCACCGUUCUCGGUAUUGACAGCCAAUUUCUAUCGACCCUUGUCAACCCUAACACCACUUGGUCUCCCUUCGGCACUCUACUUCUCGGCUGGGCUCGAGACUUCACCGCAGUGGUCACACUGAACCCACGAUGGUGGGGUUUAUUAGAGAAGUUCACUGACUACAAGCCAGGUGAGAAAUGAGCAGUUGCAAGUGGGCAAUCAGGACCAUCUCUUCUCUGCUGUGCCUACAGACAGGCCUCUCUCUGGCCCUCGGCCUCCUCCUUGGUUGAGCAGGGUUCCAAAGCUCUUUGUGCACUGCCAAUAGACGUUCAAAGGGCAUGCUACUCAGCCAUGAGCCUCAGCCCAGAGAUGCUCAGCUCUAGCUGUGAGGGUCCGCAAACCUAGCUUCCCACUAAGCCAACCUCCUUAGUGGGAACACUCCAUCCCACAAGCCAACCUCCUUCCCAGAGACACUCAGCUGUACUUGGUGCUGUGGAAAGCCCACCACUAUCUCAAACUCUGGCUCUUGGUGCUGCUGCUGCCCGCACCCUGCUGUCAGCCAUCUGUUGGAUCAGAAGGGUUCAGUGGCUUGGAGCUUAGGGUUCAAAGGAUGCACUCUGCUCCUGCUCAUGCCUCCCUUUGCUGGUAGUGAAACAUCCCCCCUUGGUUUGGGAUGGCAGUACCGAGCAGGAGGGCAAUCCCAAUGAACCCUGGUAACGAUCAGACACAGCCAAAGGCAAUCAGUGUCUGGUCCCAUCAGGAGGGAGGUAGACUGGCUAGAAGAGCCACCUCAGAGAAGUCACUUCCCUGCCGCUGCCUUUCCUUUUGGAGACUUCUUACCUCAGCUCCAGGUGAGUUCUCCUGGCCCCCAGGUGACCUGGUUGUAGUGUGAGGCAUUUAUGCUUAGAGCCCCAUGCUACAAGAAAACAGCAGGAGACUAGAGCAGCCUCUUCCUUCCCCACCACUUCGUUUUUUCCCGGAUCAUGUCUGUGGCCACACCAGACAGGGAUGGCCUGUCAAGAGGCAAUACAUCCUCUUUAGAAAGACCGCUGGCCGCCCAGCAGACUGGGCUACUGCCAGCCCAACGGCAGGGUGCCCAACUUGUGGUCAAGAGUAGGCUGAAAUGUGCCCAACCCAAGUGCAUAGUUCUCACUGCACCACGAAGACUGUUCAGUCCUUCCCAUGGCCUGGGAAGUAUGAUGGGCUACCUGGCUCCUGGCCACACCGGUCCCUGCUUUGAUGGGAUAGGAAACUUUGGGGCAAGAGGUAGAACUCUGUGAAA